CCAGGGUUCACGCAGUUGUGCUGGAGGGAGCUUGCUAGCUGAGGGAGGGGAGAAGGGGGAAAGCAAACUGGGAGGAGAGGAACGCUCUGGGUGCAGGCCCAUAGAAGGGAUCCCUGAGAGGGACCACGGUUUGGAGGAAAGUAGCCGAAGAUGCUGAAACCCAUCCUGGUCCAGAGGUUCCAGCAGAGAGAGAGGAUUAGCCACCUCACCUCCCUAUGGGCAGCUGGCAGGCAGGAGAAAACCUGCAGCUCUGCCUAGCUCACCGUCCACCUUUGGUUUGUGCUGCACUUGCAUUAUUGCUACUUGGGGCUUCAGGUCUAGGCCUUGGUGGUUUUAUCCUUAACCAUGGUGAUGGGCUUCGAGAUCCUGAUAUCCCUCAGGACUGGGUCUCCUUCAUGAGAUCUCUGGGUCAACUGACUCUGUGCCCUGGGAAUAGGACAGCUGCUGGGAAAGCACCUGGACCUGACUCUCAUACUGUGAAAUUACUGACCAGUUUAAACCUAGGCAAUGGUAUCAAGAAGAACCGGACUCAACAACUAUGGACCACUGUCCGUGGCCACCAACUGGGACUAAGUGGCUCUUCUGCAGAGGAGCUAGUAUUGAUCACAGCCCUUGUGCCAAUAGAGAAAACUUCUGGGACUUGCCUGAUUUUCAAUGCAGCCCCCAGAAUCCUGCCCUCCAGCCAACCACCCACAUCCUGCUUAGAGGAAGGGGAGAUAGAUAUUGUGAACACAUAUGCGGUUGAGAGUUCCAAGCCAGAAGAGGAAUGUUAUGAUGUCUGGAGCCAUGAGGGCCUUAUUCUCACCAAGCUACUUACUAUGGAGGAACGUGUCUUAUGUGGUUCCAGGCUUCUCUACUUCAGCUGCUUUCUUCUUUUCUUCUUCGGCUUCCUAUGUUGCUUUGCAGCAGCCUGCACCCAUCCUCGUUGGGACACAUCUUGGCAGAGGGCCCAUAUCUAAAUUUAACAGUUUACGGCUGUACUUUGCUUACAGGUCUGGGAUUCAUGUUCUCAUCUGGGCCUCUUGAGUUGGAUCAAAUGGGAGGGGGGAAGUAUAAGGGAGGACGGCUGAGGACCAUUAAAGAUUUCUUAUGCCUCCUG